CCUUAAUCCCUUCUUCAUGGAUAAUCUCAAAAGACGGCAUAUUUCACAGCCGGUCUUUUCGUCUGGACAACAGGAACAGACGUACUCUCCAGGAUCGGCUCAUACACUGUCUAUACAGCAAGAUCACGAUGCGGCUUAUAAAGAAAAGACCUAUAGGGCCCCACCACCACCGCAAAGAAUAGUGUACUCGUCCAAUAAGUACAUUGCCUUUUGCCAACAAUAUCAAGAUUUACUCAUUCCGGCUGUACUGACUCUGCUGGCUUUCUGGACCCGAUUCCGGAUUAUUGGGCUGUCAAAUCAAGUAGUGUGGGACGAGGCCCACUUUGGAAAGUUCGGUUCAUAUUAUAUCAAACACGAGUUCUAUUUCGAUGUACAUCCUCCACUCGGAAAAAUGCUAGUUGGGCUUUCUGGAUGGUUAGCAGGUUAUGAUGGAAAUUUUGGGUUUGACUCCGGUCAGACGUACCCUGAAGGACUCAAUUACACCGUGAUGCGUAUAUUCAACGCGUUUUGGGGAGCACUUAUGGUUCCCAUCGCCUAUGCCACCGCAAUGCAAUUGCACAUGUCGUUGAAAGCUAGUAUCCUGGCAGCGACAAUGGUAUUACUGGAUACGGCUUAUCUGUGUAUCAGCCGAUUUAUUUUACUGGAUUCUAUGCUCCUGUUUUUCACAUGCACCUCACUCUACUGUCUUGCGAGUUUCCACAAUCUGCGAAACAGACCGUUUACCGAUGAAUGGUGGCUUUGGCUCGCUUUAACCGGAUUUUCCUUGGGCUGUGUUUCCAGUGUGAAAUGGGUUGGCUUAUUCGCCGUGGCUCUCGUGGGGCUUUAUACGAUUGAAGAUUUAUGGGAUAUGCUCGGCGAUCUUCAAAUGCCCAAAAAGACGUACCUGAACCAUUGGCUUGCACGUAUCGGUUGUCUCAUUGUCAUUCCCGUCAUUGUCUAUCUUAUCAGCUUUGCUUUGCAUUUCGCCAUUCUGUAUCGGUCAGGCACCGGCGAUGCGCAAAUGAGUUCUUUAUUCCAGGCCAACUUGGCAGGCAAUACAUUAGGCGACAGUCCGUUGGAAAUUGCUUACGGCUCAAAAUUAACAUUCAAGAACUACGGUUACGGUGGUGGUCUACUGCAUUCGCACGUACAAACGUAUCCCGAAGGAUCAAAACAGCAACAAGUCACCUGCUACCAUUACAAAGAUGAUAAUAAUCACUGGUAUAUCCGCACUCCCAGAGGAUCAAGAGAAGAGGAAUAUGAAGAAGCCCCUUCGAUUCGAUUUGUCCAAGAUGGCGAUAUUGUGCGAUUGCAACACGUACCCACGGGACGGAAUUUACACAGUCAUCCGAUCAACGCGCCGAUUACGACGGGACAAUGGGAAGUCAGUGCUUACGGCAACGAUACCAUUGGUGAUACUCAAGACAACUGGCAGGUGGAGAUUGUGGAUGACAUGGUACACUCGGAUAAAGAACGCGUACGUUCUCUAACCACGCGAUUCCGUCUUCGUCACGUAAACCUCGGCUGCCUUCUCACUGCCAACAAUGUCAUCUUGCCGCAGUGGGGAUUUAAACAAGUGGAAGUCUACUGUGACAAGCGCAACCGAACCGAUGACCCGCACAGCUGGUGGAACGUGGAAGAGCAUUGGAAUGACGCAUUGCCUGCUGCUCCCAAAAAUGCAUACAAAUCGAAAUUCUUGCAAGAUUUCUGGCACUUGAACGUGGCCAUGUGGACCUCCAACAAUGCCUUGAUUCCAGAUCCGGAUAAAGAAGAUAUUCUGUCAUCCGAGCCCGCUGAAUGGCCCAUGGCGAGUGUGGGACUGCGUAUGUGCGGUUGGGGCGAUGAUCAAGUGAAAUUUUAUCUCUUGGGAAGCCCGGCCGUAUGGUGGCCCGCGUUUGCGUCCAUCCUUCUCUUCAUUGCGGUAGCGGGAUAUUACAUUAUUCGUAUGCAACGAAAGAUUUAUGAUUUGUCCAACGCACAAUGGGAUCGUUUCUUUUUCGUGGGAAAAACGUUGUUCCUUGGAUGGUUCUUGCAUUACAUUCCUUUCUUUAUCAUGGGUCGCGUCACGUACUUGCAUCAUUACUUCCCGGCGCUGUAUUUCAGUAUUCUUAUGGUUCCCUUCUUAUUGGACCAUGUUACCUCCACCUUAUCGAAACGCAAACGGUGGAUAAUCUUUGGCGUCAUGUAUGUCGCGGUCAUUGUCGUCUUUAUUUACUUUUCACCCGUAGCUUAUGGCAUGCCGGGCCCGGUGAGCCAGUACGCCGGUCGACGAUGGCUGAAAUCAUGGAAUUUGAUCGAUUAAACCCAUUGCAGCCUCCCACCCCCCUUUUUUUUUUUGCUUUUGAAAUUUCAGUCAUUCAUGUAUCUAUGCAAAUAUCAUUAGAAAUACCACUUGAAAAAAUUAAAAAACCGAAUUUGCUUUUG